AUGAUGAGUGCGGUGGAUUAUACGCGGGACGACCCUCUCCUGGCGCUUUCUCCCCUGGACGGGCGGUACAAACGCAUCACCACCGCCCUUCGCGCCUACUUUUCCGAGUACGCCUUCUUCAAGUACCGCCUGCGCGUCGAGGUGGAAUACUUUGUGGCACUCUGCAAGGAAGUUCCGGCGAUUACACCGCUACGUGCAGUCACAGAUGCACAGCUGCAGCAGUUGCGUGAGAUUGCACUAAACAACUUCUCUUUAGCCGAUGCUGAGGAGAUCAAGCAAACAGAGCGGGUGACAAACCACGACAUCAAGGCGGUGGAAUACUUCCUGAAGAAGCGCAUGGGCACCUGCGGUCUCUCCCAUGUUUCAGAAUUUGUACACUUUGGCUUAACCUCGCAGGACAUUAACAACACAGCCAUUCCGAUGAUGCUGCGUGAUGCCUUGGCAGCCAUGUACCUGCCGGGUCUGGACGGCGUCAUCGCGGCGCUGGAGAGCAGGAUCGGUGAGUGGGACAUCCCAAUGCUCGCGCGCACACACGGCCAGCCGGCGUCCCCGACAAACGUCGCGAAAGAAUUUAUGGUAUGGAUCGAGCGACUGAAGGAGCAGCGACGGCAGCUUGUCGAAGUGCCCACCACAGGCAAGUUUGGCGGUGCGACAGGUAACUUUAAUGCCCACCUUGUGGCGUACCCGUCGGUGAAUUGGUGUGCUUUUGGUGACAUGUUCCUGUCCAAGUACCUGGGCCUCAAGCGACAGCACUACACGACGCAAAUUGAGCAUUACGAUAACCUCGCUGCCUUGUGCGACGCCUGCGCGCGGGCGCAUGUCAUCCUCGUUGAUCUUUGCCGUGACGUGUGGCAGUACAUCUCUAUGGGGUUCUUCCACCAAAAGGUGAAGACGGGAGAGGUGGGGAGCAGUGCGAUGCCACACAAGGUGAACCCGAUCGACUUUGAGAACGCGGAGGGCAACCUCUUAAUCAGUAACUCUAUGCUGAAGUUCCUAUCAGCGAAGCUGCCAGUAUCCCGUCUGCAGCGGGAUCUCACGGACAGCACGGUCCUGCGGAACUUGGGCGUCCCCCUGGGACACGCGGCCAUCGCCUUCUCGUCCAUUACACGGGGCCUUGACAAGCUGCUGGUGGAUCGGGAGACCAUUGAGAAGGAUCUCGCGGCGAACUGGGCAGUGGUCGCGGAGGGCAUCCAGACGAUACUUCGCCGCGAGUGCUACCCGGAGCCGUACGAGGCACUCAAGGACCUGACGCGUGGCAACACUCACGUGACGGAAGAAACGGUGCAAAACUUCGUCAAGGGGCUCACCGGUAUCUCGGAGGAUGUGCGGCGCGAGCUGUUGGCUAUUACCCCAUUCAACUACGUGGGCUAUGUUCGACCACACAUCUAA